GUUCUUGACAAACCAAACAAUUCAAUCACCCCCUCCACCGCGCAUCGUCUCGAAAAUGAAAAUAGACAUGGUCUGCGACGACGACAUUAAGCCAUUGCAACGGCAGAAGGUAUGCGUGAUCGGGGCCGGGAUGGCCGGGUUGGCGUCAGCCCGCGAGCUGCGGCGGGAGGGCCACGACGUGACGGUGCUGGAGCAGAGCGGCGACGUGGGCGGGCAGUGGCGGUACGAUCCCAUGACUGACGGCGCAGACCCGCUCGGCGCCGCGGCGGCGCCGGUGAAGGUGCACGGCAGCAUGUACGCGUCCCUCCGCCUGAUCAGCGCCCGGGAGACCAUGGGGUUCACCGACUUCCAGUUCGCGCCCAAGGACGGCCGCGACGGCCGCCGCUUCCCGGGCCACCGCGAGGUGUACCUCUACCUCAAGGACUUCUGCGACGCGUUCGGGCUCAUGGAGUUCGUCAGGCUCAACACCAGCGUUGUGCGUGUUUUCCUGGCGCCGGGCCCGACGAGGCAAUGGACGGUGAGGUCCGUCGAUCUCGGCAAGUCCGAGGAGGUGGAGGAGGCGUUCGACGCCGUGAUGGUGGCCAACGGCCAUUACUCGCAGCCGAGACUGCCAAGCAUCGAAGGCAUGGAGGUGUGGAGGGGGAGGCAGAUGCACAGCCACUCGUACAGGGUGCCGGAGCCGUUCCGCGACGAGGUGGUGGUGGUGGUCGGGUGCGGCGCGAGCGGCAAGGACAUCGCCAUGGAGGUCCGCAGGGUCGCCAAGGAGGUGCACCUCGUCGCCAAGUCCAUGGAGGAGGUAGCCCAGGAGCUCGCCAAGGUGCUCUCCAAGUACAGCGCCAGCCUGCACCUACAACCGCACGUGGAGCGGCUGUGCGAGGACGGGCGGGUGGUGUUCGGCGACGGCUCCACUAUCCUCGCCGACACCAUCAUCUACUGCACAGGGUUCAAUUACUGUUUCCCUUUCCUGGAUACGGAGGGAGCGGUCACCGUCGACGACAACUGCGUGGGCCCGCUUUUCGAGCAUGUGUUCCCCCCGUCGCUGGCGCCGUCGCUCUCCUUCGUCGGUAUACCCGUAAAGGUAUUUGCGCCUUGGUUCUUUGAGGCUCAGGCGAAAUGGGUGGCGCAGGUGCUGUCCGGCAAGAGGACGCUGCCCCCGGAGGUGGAGAUGAUGCGGUCCGUGGAGGAGUAUUACCGCGCCAGGGAGGCCGCCGGCGCGCCCAAGAAUUACACCCACGACGUCAGCUUGUUUGACACCACGGCACUGACUACUACACACAACCUGCACGACAAUCGGACGCUCGUAUGUUCAUGGAUGAGUUCGGGAGCAAGUACUGCGACUUCCCUGGCGUGGAGAAAUGGCGUUACGAGCUGCUUGUGUCGUCGUUAGUCAACAUGUUCGAUAACCUCGAGACCUUCCGCGACGAGUAUCAAGACAGCGACUCCAUCCGCAAGGGUGUGGAGGAGUGGCACUUGUCUGCACAACAGGCCCAAGCUGCUGUUGUUGCUGUUGCACCUGCUGCUACGAAAGAACAAUUACUUGGUCUUCUCGAAAAAGUAGAGUGACGAUUAUGCACUAUAUGAGCGCCUUCCAUUCCAUGACACGGCGUGUUCUGGGCUUCCACGGUCGGCAUCGAUGUAUCUAUUUCUUUUUCAUAAACGGUGUCACAGACACCUUAUAAGUGCAUUUAUGAUUUUGUAUUCAAGAGCGUUCUUGAGACUACAAGUUGUAUGUACAUCCCACAUUUAAAACACUUGCUUUGUGAUGAGACUUUUAAAAUAGGGAGCUAGUUGGGACGAUAUCCUUAGAUACGAAA